CGCGGUAGCAUCGUCGCAGCAAUCCAGUGUAGAGUCGUACUACGCCGACCAUGUAUCCUGUUCCGAUUCGGACCCAUCAUGAGGGCUGUUCUUGACAAGGUGCAUAUCUUCAAACUAGGGCAGUGCUGGAGCUGACAAAAGAUGACUCUACUGAACUAAUGGAAGUUUAAUGCAUUCGCUGCUCCAUUGACGGUCUCUGAUGAGUCAUCCGCAGCGACAUACAGAAGCCAAGGCUGGGGCAGACAAAUCUUAUGGCGACUCUGCACCAGGAGGCGGAGAAGGAGGGGCUGAUGUUGGCAUCGAUGCUUCUGAGGACGGCGAGGCGACGGAACUUCGGUCAAACUGGCACGUGAUCCUAAUAGCAGCCCUUAUGGACUUUGGCCAAUCGGCUGCCUUCCGGUCAUCGGGAUUCAUCUAUGUGGCGCUGAUGGACCACUUCCAGGUCGACCACGGGACCGCAUCGUGGCCCGUCAGUGUCCUUGGCACUAUCGUUGACGCAGGCGGCAUCCUAGCCGGGCCGCUGUGCCAGUGGAUCGGUGCCGCUGUUACACUAAGAGCCGGAGCCCUGGUAACUGCCGUGGGAGUAAUGGCAUCGGUCCUUGCACCAAAUAUAGCCUGGAUGACAGUUACACUUGGCAUCAUUCAUGGAGCCGGAGCCGGAACCGUGAGCAUGAUGCUGCAGGUCUUCCUGAGCAUGCGCUUCGUCAAGUACCGAGGCACGGCACACGGGAUCAUGUUCAUGGGAUCGAUACUUUCAUCCCUCGUCAUUCCGCAAGUGCUGUUUUUUCUCGAGAAGUCCUACGGAUUCGAUGGCUGCUUGCUUAUAUUCGGCGCCCUGCUCUUGCACUUGGUUCCCAUCAGCUUUCUCCUGCGCUCUGGCUCACCCACAACUACUGCGCUACAGUAUGAUCCUAGGCAAGAAGUGUUAGCAGAGAAACGUGACGUCAACCUGAACAUCAAGGAUAUUGUUCAGUCAGAGCACCGUUCCCGCACAAGUUCAUCGAGCACCGAGCGAAAACCUGGCGUCCUCGAGAGCGCGACUCAAGUGCUACGCCUACCCAUGUUCUACGUCAUUCUCGUCACGUGGACAGUAAUGUGCUACAACGAGGACAUUUUCUUGACGACUAUAGUGGACUUCGCCGUUGACAAAGGCGUGGCGAAGCAUUUGGCGGUACCGCUGCUCUCAUAUCUGUCCAUAACUGACGCCAUAGGACGCAUCGGGCUGCCGCUGCUCGCUGAUCGGAACGUCAUUCGGCGAAGUACGCUUGUUGGAUGCAACGCAGCUCUUACUGCCGCCUCCAUCGCCAUUCUACCGGAGGCUAACUCAUAUGCUUUUUUGGUGGUAGCAACCCUUCUUGCUGCGUGUUUUAACGGAUGCGGCAUGACAAUGCAUGGUGUCCUCAUGGCCGAUUACAUUGGUAUGGACAACCUUCCCGUUGGAUACGGCGUCGCUGGAAUCCUCGUCGUACCUUUACUGCUGAUCAAACCAGUGCUAAUAGGUUACUUCCGGGACACACUCGGAUCUUACAACAACCUCUACAGAAUGCUAGGAGGAAUGCAGGUCGUUCUCUUCCUUCUGUGGUUGUUUAUAUCGUACCGGGAGCGGCGCAAAAGGCCUUCUCCGCCUGCAUCACCUAUUGAGGAAACAAAGCCGCCCAGCCGAAAGGAUAUAUGCAACGUGUCAUACAUCAAAGAGCGUCACCACUCAUCUCUGACUCCCUGCUUCUGCCCAGGGGAAGAGAAGUGCCACAUUUCCAAGACCUUCAAAGAGAGCAGAAACUCACUGCCGUGGAUUGUGAAUGCGCCAUCGAAACGUUUCUCGUAUUUAGACGCAGCGAAUGUGGGUUGUCAAAGGACAGCGAAGAAGUGCUAUAGCCUGGAAAGCACGAGACGGAAGCCUGUGGGUGCGCAGCGCGUUUCGAAUUACGGCAGUGUAAGCGAUUUCAACAGUGAACAAAAGAUGCUGGGCUCGCUUUGACCUGGCAGUGCAAAACAUUUCAGUAAGCAUGAUUAGUGGUCUGCAGUCCUGUCCUGGUAUACCGUACACGUAUCGUUUAAAACAGGGAAGGUUUGUCGAAGAUAAGAAGACGUGAAAUUGAAUUACUGUUGUGAACAUAACUUUCUACAUAUUAGAGUGUGGCCAGCAUUCGUAAGGGUGUAAGAUGUGCCUGCAGAUCACAUCUUUGCUACCAAAAUAAUAGGCCAUUUUGAGGAGACGCAAACAUCAUAGGAGGAGUGUUGUACAUGGAUGUGCUGUUUAGGCGAUGAAGCAAAAAAAAAGCAUAAUUUACUGAAAUCAGUCAAAGGUUGUUGCUAGCAGUAAGAGAGCCGUCUUAAACGAACAUUUCAUUUCCAGCAACUGCUUAAGUUGGUAAAAUAAGUGGCCUUCUUCUCUGAGCACUCCAUGUAUAAAGAAACAUGUCCUGCACAGAACGUUGUCGCCGACAAAGCCUGCUUAGUUCACAGGUGGUUGUAAAGGUCGUAUAAGUGUUUAUGUCGCAGACGUUACAACAAUACCACUUUCUGUAGAAAACAAAGUUGCAGGAAGGAAACCGUUUUAAUAGUCAACUGAUCAACAGGCGUAAGUUUUCCGUCUACAUUGUUACGUUCCCCAGCUAAUUCAGUUCAUCAGUAGUGAGAAAAACACAUUGAGCGGCUGGUACGUUCACAAUUAGGUAGAGAAUUCCUUUGCUAAUAGCAACAAAGCCAGACCACAAGAAGAAAUGCAGAAAGCAAUGUAUGCGCAACCGGUAGUCUGUGCUUAUAAUAGUGCUACGUGUCUUCUCGUGUGCUGUUCCUUCCAUCGGGCUCACGCACUAACUGCCAAGCGCAAUUUUAAGUACUUGAUGCAUUUCAUACACUAAUUAGAUAACAGAAUGUUAAACCUAACCGGUGCAAAACUAAAGACAAAAAAGGCUACACAUUUCAUUUGAUUUCAGUUAUUUACUAUCAAGGUGCACAACAUUAUAGAGAGGGGUGGGUAAUAUGGGGCAAUUACAUCAAGUGGAAUUUUCUGUCUCAAAAUUAUUGUCAUCAUUGACGGAGGCCAAGUUGGCGCGAAGAUAGUUCCGAUCGUACUUGUGGUCGGUAAAAAAUAAUGAAAGUACAUAUUAGUACGACAAUAAGGCACAGCAACUUCGAACUGAUGGUCCUUUCAUAAAAAAUUCAAGUGUGGGAUGCGAGGGGCGAGUUAUGUAGAACAGGCUUGGAAUGGUAUACUUCAUAGAAAAAACCGAGUCGAGCAGAUUUACGCUGAAGUGAAAGAGCAGACAAAUGAAGACAUGAUUUCAUUCAUGUGACACUUGCAGAAUGGCAAUAGUUGCAUAAAACUAAACGAGCAGAACGGUUUUGUAUGGCUUCGAUGCAGAGAGAUAACGAUUGAAAAUAGUACGAUACGAAGAUCAAGUAAGCAGCCAAGAGCAGGAGAACAAAAAUAAUUCAGCGAAUAGCCUGAAGUAGUGACAAUACCGCUUAUACGCCAUGCUCCACCAAUAAUUUAAACCUCCCAUUUCCGGAACAUAAGCCAGUCGAUCGUCUCCUUGCACGAGUAAAAAGCUACCCGUGCAAAUGAUAACGAUACGCAUCCACGAGCUUAUAGCACCGUCAUAACGCUUUAAGAAGCCUUUUAAGGGUAUUGUCUAGCACCUAAUGCUGAAAGAGAAGCAGUAAAGUAGAAAGGAGCAAUCAAUUUUAUGUUUUCUGGCCCGAAGAGCUGUAGUACAUUUAGUGUGAAAGAAUAAUUGGUUGUUCCGACACCAGAUAUCACAUUAUUGCCAUGAGACACUACAAAACCCUUCAAUACAAGAAAUUUAACUAUAUCGGUAAAAAAAAAGAAGACUACCUCAUGUAAAACACUAUGGCUACCACUAUCGGUGACACUAAUAUCAGUGUCACUGCCGUUAAUGCAACGUACUUCAAAAAAUGGCAGCUGACCAUUCAUUAUGCGGGAUACUAUUUGGUAAUAUCGGAUUACGCAAAAUUAGUUCCAGAAGAACCGUCUACAUUUAUAGCUCGGCGAAGUGCUGGUCGUCUUGGUGUAUAUUUGCCUUGCCUUUUGGAGAGGUGUCAUGUCCAGUAGUGUUUGUGGUUAUUUCAAGCUAACAUAGCCUUACCUUGUUUGUCCGUCAUUUAAGCGUCCCUGUAUUGUGCGUUAUAUUUCAACAACACACACCUUGAAGCUUAGUGUGGGUCAUUUAUAAAAUAUUGUAUGGAUUGUGAAACUGACUAUAACAACAGUGUUAUGAGGUGUAACGUUUGCGGAAAACAGAACUGUGGAAAUGAAAUGUGAGGUUUAUCAUUCUUUCUUUUGUUGCUUAACAGCCUUAUACCACUUCACAAUCAAUAACGCUUUUCCCCCCGUUCAGAGAGGGUGUGCAGGGUGAGAAGAUGACACGUGGUCUGCUACACAAUGUAGUUCUGUGAUUUCACGUGAUUAUAUUGUAGAUGUAUCUUUUAUCAUAAUAAAGAACUACUUACGUACUUCUAAAUAUAUGAUGUCCUACCUAGCUUGUGCAUAUGUGCUAUUAAUGGCCUAAAAAAGGCGUAGCGGCAAUACCAGGGGCUGGCUGCAAUUGUUGGCCUGCGGACUGAUCAACUUUUCCUCGCGGCGCGGCGAUGGUAGGCUGGUCAAACACACAGUCCGACGCGUUCCUUCCUCGGUUGAAACCCGAAGCCGUCGGUGGCUGGGCCGCCAUGCCGGAGGAAGCCCUAGCU